AUGACGAACUUUUCAGUUGGGGGCAUGAUGAACAAGCACCAAGGGAAGGAUAAGGUGGUGGUGGUAUUGGAUGCCACUGGCAUAGGCAACUCAUGCCUGGCGAUAGACCUGGCCACCUGUUUUCGGGCAGAGGUCAUCAACUCGGACAAAAUUCAGGUCUACAAGGGCCUAGACAUAGUAACCAAUAAGGUGAGCAAUGAAGAUUGCCGCGGCGUGCCACACCAUUUGCUCGGAAUCAUUGAUCCCGAGGUGGAUUUCACUGGACAUGCUUUUCUGCAUCAUGCAUUGUUGGCUGCAGAUGCCAUCGUACAAAAGAAUCGGUUGCCAAUCAUUGUUGGAGGGUCUAAUUCCUUCAUACAGGCACUUGCCAAUGACGACACUAAGUUUCCCUCAAAGUACGAGUGUGGAUGGAUGUGGCGAUCCUGGUCUAGCUUUUGUACGUGUGAAAACGAGUUGAUCAUAUGGUGGAUAGCGGGUUGGUGGAGGAAGGUUGCUAGAUUUGUAGGGACUUACAUUAUGUUUUUAGAUAUGGGUAAACAUAAGAUGGAGGAAUUGUAA